GAGCGCACCCAGGUUGGAGGGAAGCCGGCGGGGUUUAGGACCCGGCGGGACGCGUGGUACAAUAGAGCUGUUGUGCCUAUCGUGGUGGUGGUGGACAGAUUGCAACCAACCCUGGAGAUUCCCACUGACUGUGUGGAGGAAUACAAAAUUCCCAAAUUGAAUCUGUAGCUAGAACGAGAGCCUCUGUCUUUAUUGGUGAAUGUUUCGUCUGGACUCAUAUGUGGUUGGAAUAAAGCGGCUAGCAGCGCGUGGACUGAAGGAUGUUACAGGAUGAAACGUCUCAGGUCUUCAAGCAGCAGCGACAGUUCUGACAAUGAGAGUCCCUCUACCUCGUUCUGCUCCUCCAAUAAGUAUGGCGGCAAACCGGAAACCCCCGCCUCCAACCCGAAGAAACCGGCUGAAGUGUUCAGAAAAGACCUGAUCAGUGCCAUGAAGCUGCCUGACUCCCACCAUGUGUCCCCAGAGGACUACUACCUGCUGGCAGACACCUGGAAGCAGGAGUGGGAGAAGGGAGUCCAGGUCCCGGCGAGUCCAGAUACCAUCCCAGAGCCGUCAGUCAGAGUUAUUACGGAGAAGCCCAAGGAGGUGCUGUACAACCACCAGCGGAAGUACGUCCAGUGCUCGGGCCAGGAGUCAACAGAACCAGGUUAUGUCAACAUCAAAGAGCUGGCAGAGGCCAUGUGUCGCUACGAUCUGGACGACAUGGACCUUUACUGGCUGCAUGCACUCAACAGAGAGCUCCACCGCAUGGGAGAGGAGCCCAUAGACGAGCUGACAAUGGAACGCACCAUGGAGGCCCUGGAGAGUCAGUGCUAUGACAACAUGAACCACGCCAUUGAGACGGUGGAAGGCCUGGGGAUUGAAUACGACGAGGACGUUAUCUGUGACGUGUGCCGCUCCCCCGACAGUGAAGAAGGGAACGACAUGGUGUUCUGUGACAAGUGCAACAUCUGUGUGCAUCAGGCAUGUUACGGCAUAGUCAAAGUGCCUGUUGGAAACUGGCUGUGUAGGACGUGUGUCCUCGGCAUCGACCCGCAGUGCCUUCUGUGUCCUCAGAAGGGUGGUGCCAUGAAGGCCACACGAGCCGGCACCAAGUGGGCACAUGUGAGCUGUGCCCUGUGGAUACCAGAGGUGAGCAUUGCUUGUCCCGAGAGGAUGGAGCCCAUCACCAAGGUGUCCCACAUCCCACCCAGCCGCUGGUCUCUCAUCUGCAGUCUGUGUAAAUGGAAGACCGGGGCUUGUAUCCAGUGCUCAGUAAAGAACUGCACUACUCCUUUCCAUGUGACAUGCGCCUUUGAGCACAGCCUGGAGAUGAAGACCAUCCUGGAUGAAGGCGACGAAGUCAAGUUCAAGUCUUACUGCCUCAAGCACAGCCAGUCCAAAGCUGGGGAGACGGGCCUGAGCCCGGCCCGCUCCAAACCCCCCGCGGAGGCGGUGAAGGUGGGUCAACGGGCCCAGAGACUGCAGGAGCUGGAGGAGGAGUUCUACACUCUGAUCCAGCCCGAGGAUCUGGCCCGGGCCCUCGGGCUGUCCGCGCGCCUCGUGGACUUCAUCUCUCAGUACUGGAAGCUAAAGAGGAGAGCCAACUUUAACAAAGCUCUGCUGCCCCCUAAGGAGGAGGAGAACCUGGUGCUGCAGCCGCAGGAGCACAGCAUCCACACACGCAUGCGGAUGUUCAUGCACCUGCGCCAGGAUUUGGAGAGGGUGAGGAAUUUGUGUUACAUGGUGAGUCGGCGGGAGAAGCUGAAGGUGUUGCAGAGCAAAGCCCAGGAGCAGAUGUUCAACUUGCAUGUGAAGCUCUUGAACCAGGAGCUCUCUGCUGGUCUUCCUGCUUCAUCGCCAGUGGAGAGUAUGCUGUUUCGGCCUCCUCCAAGGAUAACUCUGAAGCUGAAAAUGCCCAAAUCCUCAAGUCUUGGAAAUGGUAAUUCCUGCUCCAAAUCUGGUAAUGGGCCGCUCUGCCCCGACAAUAGCGGCAAUGUUUCUGAACAUGCAGGUGAAGGGCUGGGUCAGGGGAAGCCUCAGCUGCACGGACGCGGUCGGAGAGAGGAGCGCUCCAACGGACGGCUGUCUGCCUCCAGCCACUCACGCAGCCCAGCGCUGCCUGUAAAACCCACUGGCAAACCUUUAGCCCUGCACGCUGCGCUGCACGGCCACUCAUCCAACAGUAACGGAAAACUGGACCACCGGCCGUGCGUGGCUAAAUCUAACGGCCACUUAGAGAAGUUUGUGGCUCAGAAGGACGGUUCUUGCCAGACGCCCAGUGACCAGGACGCUUCAAAUCAGGCUUCGGACAAGAACAGCUUUCGCAAGUCUGCCAUGGAGCACUUUGGUAGGUCCUUUAAAGAGGCGACCAUUAACUUGGUACGGACCACAGAGGGCCUGCGGGCCUCCGACAAACUGUCCCGAAAAGGCUCAGCCAAGGAGAGACUAUGGGCUAAGCCCGUGAUUGAGCACAAAGUGAAAAGCGCUAGAUCGUACCAGGACAGCGACGGAUACUGUCCCGACCUGGAGCUCAGUGACUCAGAGCCAGAGGCCAAAGGGAGGCACAGGCAGCGGGCCGAGCCGCCCCAGCCAGAUGCUCCAAGGAAAGGGGUCAGUCGUGGGAAACAGUCGCUGGGCUCCAGGCACCCCAUAAAAAGGUGACAGCCGUCUUAUUUACGCCGCUCACUGCUGCCGUUCUCCCCUGACCUUGUGGCAGUCUUCCCAAGUGCCAUGCAGUCUCUGUGAACAUGUCUCCACCAGGGACCAGACCGAGACCCAGCACUGAUGGUGCUCUAUACAUAUUAGAUGCAGAAGAUGCAUGAAGGGUGCUGUGGUCAAGAACAUCACCCAGUGGGAUUCAUGAAGAACCGUAGCCCCGUGUCAUGGUACGUGUCCACUGGCAAGCGUCAAUUCCACGCUACCCAUUCAUUGUCUAUGUGAGCACCCAUGCAAUGCAUUCUGGUAACAUUGCAGCGACUUUGCAUAAAGUGGAGGCCCAGGCUACCUUUUGCAAAUCUGGGGCAUCCAGUUUGCCUCGCUUCCUAUCCAAAACUCAUGAAAAUCAUUUCAAACUGCCCGUUGUCGAUCUAAAAUGAAGACGGAUUCAGCAACUGCAUAGAGUAUUUUCUUUGCAUAAAAUGUUUUAAGGAACACAUUUUGGUGAACUAUUUUCGUAAAGUAAGGGAAAGUUUCUAAACAAGAGCCAUGUUGAUCUGUUCUGAAAUUCAGGUAGCAGACAUCCCCUACGUGAUAAGCGAUCGUCCAAUCAGUUGCAGCCGUCACGUUUGUGGGGGUGUUUUCUUUUCUUGUCAGCGGUCAUUAAUGAGAAACUGAUAACUGCUAGUGGCAAGCCCACCAAGCGUCUAAUGCUGAGAAGGGGGGGGGGGCGGGCGAUCCCUGCCAUCAAAAACGCCACAGUGGACAUGUACCAUUUAAUGUUGGUUUGAGAGGACCAAACCUGUCAGUCUUCUGAGAUUAUCAUGCUUGCCUUUCGUUGUGGCUAGAAUUACAUAUUGUACUCUGCACAACUUUUUAUUAAACACCCCUGUUCCCAACACACAAGUUCAAUUUGCCUUUGACCAAAACUGCUGUACAUAACAUGUUCAAAUUGGGAUGUAAAUAAUAUUAAACCGAAUCACACGGAGAAAUUAAAACUGACACCCCAGAUGGGACUUCUGUAGUGAAUUAUAGCGUCUACUGCACCCGUUUUCUUGCACACAUUGUCUGUUACAGUCAACCUGUUUCCCACAGGUGAGAAACUGACUUGGUGACCUUUUUACAUUUCUCAAGUAGUGGGGUCAUUUUUGUCAACAGAAAUGCCUUUUUGUGUGUAGAAUGCAGUUUCACACUAUUAGUACACCCAGGGUUGCAGGUUGCAUGUCCUGGUUAGAUGAAAGGAUAGUAAUCCGGUCCGAAUGGGAAGAAGUGUGUGGAACAAAGUUUAAUUAAUUACAUUCCCUGGUGUACGCUUCAGUAACGUAGUUGAAUCUGAAAGCUGAUGCAGAAAAGCAAAAACUGAGUACAGGUGUGUAAUUUCUUGCGGUCAGAUUGCCUUCAUGAUCCCAGACUGACUCCCUGAUGAUGACCUCUGGAACUCUGCAGUCUGAUCUGUUACUUGUGUCACCUUCAUUUGAUAAUAAAUGACCUGGAAUAACUGGUUUACUAGUAAUGGAUGUUGUUGUGAUUUUUUUUUAUACAGAUGCUAAUUUGGUACUUUUGGUGAUAUGUUACUUUGUAUUCACUCAUUUUUACCA